AUAUCAGGCAUCCUUGCCAUAUACAGAAAACCUCAACACCUCCUUAGGCUCCUAUAUAAGCUGGCUGUAUGACAAGAAUUAAUGCUCUUGAAGCAACUUGUUAUUUCUGAAGACCACGUGGAAGAGACACGGUUGCCAACAAUACAAUACAGACCGUCUUCGACACAAAGAUGUUUUGGGGAAUUCUUUUCAUCAGUCUCUCACUCUGUGAGUGUACUAAAUUUUCUGCAGUAAAGGGCAUAUUUUUAGUUCAAGAUAAAGAAACAUCUGAUUUAUCUGAACAUCAUCCGGAGAGAUUAAGAUAUAAGGCUCGAAGCUGCAAAGAAAUUCAGGAGAAGUACAACAUUAAUGAUGAUGGCCUAUACUAUCUGACCACAGAAAAUGGGGUGAUUUACCAGACGUUCUGUGAUAUGACCACUGCGGGGGGAGGCUGGACAUUGGUGUCUAGUGUUCACGAAAACAACAUGUAUGGAAAAUGCACUGUUGGUGAUCGCUGGUCAAGUGAGCAGGGCAGUGACCCCAACCGUCCUGAUGGGGAAGGAACGUGGUCAAACACAGUCACGUUUGGUACAGCACUGGCUGCUACCAGCGAUGACUACAAGAAUCCUGGAUAUUUUGACAUUGGAGCACAAGAUGUGUCUGUGUGGCACGUUCCUAAUAACGUUCAGAUGGAGCAGUGGAAAUCUGCCUCAAUCCUGCGAUAUCACACUACAUCUCACUUCUUAAGUAACAACGGUGGAAACCUUUUCAGAUUAUUUAAGAAAUACCCAGUGAGGUUUGGAAUAGGGGAGUGUUACAAGGAUAAUGGACCUUCUAUUCCAGUAGUGUAUGACAGUGGUGAUGCAGAAUACACCAAAACCCUUUAUGGUCCCCAUGCAAGAGGUGAAUUUGAGUCUGGGUUCAUCACAUUCAGAGUCUUCAAUCGUGAGAGAGCUGCUAUGGCUGUUUGUUCUGGUGUUAAACCAACUGGGUGUAACACUGAACAUUACUGUAUUGGUGGAGGUGGACACUUUCCAGAGGUCGCCCCUAGACAGUGUGGAGAUUUUGCAGGUUUUGACUGGGAUGGUUAUGGUACCGGUGUAGGCUGGAGUACAUCAAAAAAUCUAAUUGAAGCAGCAGUACUUAUGUUUUAUCGCUGACAAUCUAUUUUCAGAAAAUCAAACCAGACAUAAUUCCAGAAUCAUCAGCAUGCAUGCCUAUUCUGUACUUUAUGUCUUUAUAAGAAUCAAUUAAAUGUCACGAACCCACCCUGUUACAGCAGUGCUUUUUCACACCUCCGAUUUGAAAAAACUUUCCAAAAGGGAACAGCAGUACUGAGAGGUAUGAACAUGUGGAGGACUUCUCCCCCCAGAAUCCCCUGAAUCACACUGUGAUAAGAAUGAGGAAAGUGCAGGUCCACUGUCUUAUCAAUUUAAACCUUUGAACCCUCACGUGCAUACAGGAGAAUGUGAACACAAAGCAGAUGAAGCGCAUAAAAUAACUAUUCAAAGUUUAUCUUGCAUAUUAAUGCUGACGUAUUGUGAUCAAUCAUGGCCAUUGGAAGCAAACAAAGUGGGUGUGUUCAAAACAUUUACAGUUAUCUUGUAUUUUGGCGCCUUUUAUUAGCUUUUAUAGUCUAAAAGCUUUGCUUACCUCAUUGUGUCACGGUAGUGUAUUGGGAGAAAGUAGUAAAGAGUUGAAAUUAUAUGGACUCUAAAUGAGCCAAGUGGAAUGGAUAUAAGGACGCAGCAGCAUGGAAGUCAGGCUGUGGCUAUAAAGCGGAACCCAGUUUAAUUUAUUAUGGCAUUCUUGGGUGGACCUCAAUGAAUACUCUGAACUUACAUCAUUUUACAAUAUAGUGCUUAAAUUAAUUAGUUUAGUUUUUUUUGAGUCAUGAAUCGAUAAUUUUCAGAUUAUCAAAAACAGGGGGUGAAACUAAAGUUAGAAAAUAACUAAAGUUACAAAUAAAGUACUGUAAGGUCUAACAGGUGUAUUAAGGUACAGAAAUAGAAUCAAAUAUAUAAUAACACUGUUUUCCUUAUUCUGUAAAAUUAAUUCUUAAAAUAUUAAAAAAUAUUUUAAU